AUGGGAAUUCAGUGGCAAAGUCAACGGCGCUUUCUUAGAUUUGGGACCAAGACAGAGGCAGUAUUCCGUGUGCCUUGGGCUGUACAGAUGUUUCCUGCCAUUGUACUGUUUGUUGCUUUAUUUUUCAUACCCGAAUCGCCUCGUUGGCUUGCAUCUCAAGACAGAUGGGAGGAGGCUCUUGACGUGUUGGCCAGCGUCCACGGACAGGGCAAUCAUCAAGCUACAAUUGUACAAGCCCAAUACGCCGAAAUUCGAGAAUCGAUGGCCGUGGCGGAAUCACAAGGCGAAGUGAAGUGGGCCGAGUUGAUCCAUCCAGACAAUAUCCAUCGCAUUUCGAACGGAAUCUUUGUCCAUAUCUGGACACAGCUAAGUGGAAAUAAUGCUUUGCUAUACUACAUUGUCUACAUAUUCCAGAUGGCUGGUCUUACAGGGAAUGUCAAACUCAUUGCGUCCAGUGUUCAGUACAUCAUCAACGUUGUCUUCACCCUCCCGGCUAUUUUUUUUCUUGAUCGCAUUGGCCGGCGUCCUGCACUCAUCGGAGGGGCAUUUUUUAUGAUGAUUUGGCUGUAUUCUACCGCCGGCGUUAUGGCGCAGUAUGGUCAUUACGUCCCCGGUGGUUUUGACGGCUCAACUGCGGCUGCUGUCAUUGCAUUUACAUACCUUCUCGUUGCAACAUACAGUUUCACCUGGGCUCCAAUUUCGUGGUGCUAUCCGUCCGAAAUUUAUCACAUCCGCCUGAGAGGCAAGGCCUAG